AUGCAGGCAGUUGAAAAUGCAAUCAGCAACCCAUUGACGUCUUCGACCCUGAUUGUCGACCGAGGCACGCGACGUGGAUUACGUGGACGAUUUUACACAAACGCAGAUGCCACAACUGUCGCUUCUGCGACACAUGCAGGAAACGGCAGCCCAAAAUGCUGCUCUGCUGAUGGACAUAGUACUGCACACCCUCCAGACAGCAUUUCCAUCUGUGCACUCGACUUCGCAUUCUGUGAAACACAGUGGGAAGGAUCCGCACUGCCUCACCUCUUCUAUCAAGACGGCAGUAUGGAAGGCGAGGACACGAAAAGGAUUGGUUGUGUGUAA